UCGCUAUGUAUACACCGGAGCACCGAGCAGCCUAGCUUCCCCUAGCUUCUUCUUUGGCAGAUUGAUGGAGACUCAAGCCCCCCCUGCUUCUCUAGACCUGUCUCUGGCACUGGCCACCAUGCCACCACCGUUACCACCACCACCAGCAGCAGCAGCCCCAUCUCUCUCUCUUCAGGCUGCCGGAGAUGCCGUUUCUAGUGCUGCUGCUGGCGCCGGUUGGAAGGUCUUCUCCUGCCUCUUCUGCGACAAGAAGUUCCUCAAGUCGCAGGCGCUGGGCGGCCACCAGAACGCGCACAGGAAGGACAGGGGCGCCGGCGGCUGGAACGCCAGCCUCUACCUCCCAGCUGCUGACCACGCCUCGCCGCCGACCACCGCAUCUGCUCGUCCUGAGAUCGACGACGAGAAGCAGCAGCAGCAGCAGCUUGAUCUUAGCCUUAAGCUUUAGCUAGCUAGCUCGCUUAUGUACGUUUUCUCCUCUUUAAUUAGCGAGUGCCUCUGUGCAUGUGCUAAUAUGCACUAGACAUCUCUGGUAUGUACUGUACGUACGUAUAUACGAGAGAAUGUUGCCCAGUUUGCAAAUCUGAACGUACCCAUGCAAAA